AUGAGGGCGGGAAUUGGUGGGAAUUGGCGGGAAUUGCUCAGGAAGAGGCGGGGGGAAUUGGUGGGAAUUGCUGGGAAAAGGUGGGAAUUGGUGGGGAUUGGCGGGAAAAGGCAGGGAUUGGUGGGAAUUGGCGGGGAUUGGCGGGAAAAGGCGGGGAUUGGCGGGAAUUGGCGCCGGCGGCUCCCGAAUGCCGGGAUUUCCCCGCAGGGCCAGACCAUGGACGACAUCCCCAAGGAGGUGCUGAGCGACUGCGCCCACCUGGUGAAGGCCAACAGCAUCCAGGGCUGCAAGCUGAGCUCGGUGACCGUGGUUUACACGCCCUGGAGCAACCUGCGCAAAACGCCCGACAUGGACGUGGGGCAGAUCGGCUUCCACCGCAGCAAGGACGUGCGCUCGGUGACGGUGGAGCGGCGGGCUCCGGAGCAGCUGCGGCGCCUGGAGCGGACGCGCGUCGAGCGCUUCCCCGACCUGGCGGCCGAGCGGCAGAGCCGCGACCGCCUGGAGCGCGGCCGGCAGCGCCGGGAGCUGCGCCAGCAGCGCCGCGAGCAGCGCCUGGAGCAGCGCCGCAAGCAGGAGAUGGAGGAGCUACGGAGCUACUCGUCCCUGAUGAAGGCCGAGAACAUGUCCUCCAACCAGGACGGGAACGACUCGGACGAUUUCAUGUGAGGCUCCCGGGAAUUCCCGAAUUCCCGCGCCCAACAAAGCCCGCGGGGAGCCGGAGCCGCUUCUGGAAUUCUUGCGCCGGGAAUCGCCGGGAAUCGGGGAGGGGGGGUUGGGAAU